UGUGGAUGCCGUCCCUUAUGUUCCAGCGGGAUUUACAGCCCAGAAUCGACCACCAUCGGAUGUAACGGCGUUGUAUCGAAGUUACCCGCCGCAACCCGAUCUGCCUCGAGCUUAUCACCUGUUGCCCAGCGCUGCAGCCAAAGCACAGAAAGAAAAAAUUGCUGGCAGCGAGUCGACCGCGGGUAACCAGGCAACCGGGGAGAGGGUGCAAGCAAACGACUCCUCCGGAUCAUCCGUGGAAUUAUCUGACGACGCACCUCUAAUUCCCCAGCCGCGCCGGGAAAUGCGGAAACGCAAAGCCAGCACCGCUGACCUCGCCGGUCCUUCGUCUUCUUUGCCCAGCCCCCAGCGCCAGAGGGUAGCCGAAGUGCCCCCCACCGGGAAUGAUGCACCAGAAAUCAGACCCACAGAAGCUGAUAGGGCGGACCCGUCGCCUUCUCAUACAGAUGAUGUAACAAUCGCCGUGGCGGGCACUGUAUCGGGGCAGCUCGCGCCCUCGACUGAAACAGCUCCACCGCCAGCAGUGGGUGCUGCGGCGAUCGCCACGCCAGCGCUGCCAGUCCCCUCGACUUGUACACCUGCACCUCCGGCCACGAGUAGUGUGGUGAGGAAACCCCUGAAGCUGGUGUUGAGGAAACCAACAAUGAUCCGAUCCCAAGUAUCAACAGCUGCGGUUACGCCGGAACUCGAGUUGGCUUCACCAGCCCCCGAGCCUUCGCCCGAGCAAGCCAACGCGCCGGAGCCAGCAGAGAGGGCAGAUGUAGCCCUGCCAGGCUCACCGCUGCCCGAGCUCCAGCACGCGGAACUCGAAGCCGCUGGUGAUGAGCAAGUCGAGGCCGCCGUUACCAUACCCGCCGAAGUUGCCGAAAUCACACCGCCGUCAGUCUUGGAGGGUGCGGGUGCUUCUAACGAAGCAACCGUGCUGCCAACUCCUGGAGGAGAGAACGAUGACACACUCCAAAUGAUGCACCUCCCAAGGGACGACCUGAGCCGCAUGCGUCAAAUAAUCAACAUUGCGAUCGAUAAGUUUGCCCUGGAUAUGAGCCAAAAAGCUGAUGAGCGGGCAGUGAAGCUGGAGGAGUCCACCAGGCGUAUCAACGAGCUAAUGCAGGAGCGGGUCGGCUUCGAGCAAACCAUCACCGAGCUCCAAGGCCGACUCAAGGAGCAGCGGAAAGCCCAUCAAGAUGAAGUCGAGAACCUGCGGAAAGUGAUGGCCGACACGGAGAAGCAGUUCGUCGACUGUCUCCAGCAGAUCAAGACUUUGGGCGAAGAAAGAGAGCAGCACCAGAAAGAACUCGAUGAUUUGAAGAUGGCGGCCCAGGAACUUGUAGAGAUGGUGGACCCUCGGGAAGACGGCACUGAAGACGGGCCACCACUACUAGAUCGACUUCGCGGGGCGCCGCAAAAGAUCCUCAACUUUAUCACCGAGUCGGCCACAUCAUACGUGGGUCAUGCUCUGGGCCUUGUGAAGUCCUUCUGGCCAAAGGCUCGGCUAGAAGUACUCGCGGAGGGUGUAGCUGCUGAUUGUACUGACGAAAACUUCCGCGAGUAUUUGCUAGAGGUCCGGCCGGUGGCUGAAAAAAUUGUGGGAGACAUGGUCCAGGAUUGAACCGUUAGUGUACAUGACUUUGUAAUAUAAGAAACUACCUUUGUUCUCUUGUAGACGUAUAUGAAGUCUAA